UUUUGUUUUUGUUUGUUUUUUCCGCUGAUAUCAACAUUCUUUAAACUUCAAAGUUGAAUUUCAUUCAAUUCAAAUUUCAUCAUGAAUCUUGAAAAAAAUUUAGGUAUGUGUUAUGUCAGGUGUACGUGAAUAUUUGUUCAAGUAGAGAUGAUCAACUCAGUUUUCAAUCUCUAAGGUACUGUUCAGCAAGUCCAGAGCUCACACUUCAUUUCUUUCAUAAGGCACGAAAACUGAACUCUGCUGUUUCUGAUCUACGAGUAUUCCUUGUUCCGACCAGCUCUAAAUUGUGUCAGAAUUUAACCGAUUCUACGUCAAAAAAUUUUCAUGGUUAGACGUUACAUGGCUGUUUGAGAAAUAUCUAUUUAAUUGUAUCAGAUGUGCAUCAUACAUUGCUUAGCCAGUGUUUCGGUAGCAAAUUGUUAUUUUCCAACAUAACUACAACUAUUUGAAAAAUAUCUACGUGGAUCAAAAAUUUAGAUUUAUUGCUCGAUUUGGAGGGACCCGAAAAGACUGAAAUGUCAUCCAACGUGUACGAUCUCAUCUAUGCCAGUCCAGUGAAGUCUCUAAUGGAACUCUCAUCUAUCGCGGUCAGCAUUGAAUUAUGGCGUUUGAAACUACGCACAUAUAUUGUAAAUAAUAACUUCAACUUCAAAGGAUUUCAUUUUUAUGAUAGUAUUCCUUUGCAAAGCAUACUUCCUGAAAAUACACCAACGCCGUCGAUUAUUAAUCGUAUUGUCGAGAAACACGUGAGGAAAUUGGCGUUAUCAAUUUCAAAAUGGCAGCAAAACCAUAACAGGGUUUAUUGCUCGAUAUGGAGGGACCUGAAAUGACUGAAAUGGCAUCCAAAGUGUACGAUCUUAUCUAUGCCAGGCCAGUGUUGUCUCUAAUGGAACUGUCAUCUAUCGCGAUUAGCAUUCGGUUAUGGCGUUGGAAAAUACGUAGACAUAUUAAAAAUAAGAAUUUAAACAAAUUACAUUUUUUAGACGAUAUUCCUUUGCAAAGCAUACUUCCUAAAAAUACUGCAACGCCGCCAGUUAUUAAUCGUAUUGUCGAGAAACAGGUGAAAAACUUGCAGUAUUCAAUGUUGUGGUGGAAGAUAACACAUAAUAUGGACAUAUUCCAGUUACAACAUCCGUUCGAUUAUAAUUUCCCUUUGAGAAAUGUUAAUAAUUUUUCAUAUGAUUACGAUGGCACGGUUCAUUGGACCCGGACAGCUAAACGAAUGAUGAUGUGUGCUCGAUUUAGCGAACGAGAGAAAUUCAAGAUCGCUUGUAUGUACUGUUUUGAAGAUGACAUCAGACGAAUUUGGCCAUCUGUAUCGAAUGAACUAGACUCGGAGAAAUGUGUGUUCGGUUCAUUGCUCGAUUUAGAGGGACCUGAAAUGACUGAAAUGACUGAAAUGACUGAAAUGUCUGGAAUAUCAUCCAAAGUGUACGAUCUUAUCUAUGCCAGGCCAGUGAUGUCUCUAAUGGAACUCUCAUCUAUCGCGAUUAGCAUUCAGUUAUGGCGUUGGAAAAUACGAACACAAAUUAAAAAUAAGAAUUUCAACAAAUGUUGGUUCUAUGACGGUAUUCCUUUGCAAAGCAUACUUCCUGAAAAUACACCAACGCCGUCGGUUAUCAAUCGUAUUGUCGAGAAACAAGUGAAAAACUUGCGGCGUUCAAUGUCGCGAUGGAUGCUAAAUCAUAAUACGCAAAUAUUCAGGAUACAUCAUCCGUUAAAUUUUUGUUUCCCUUUGAAAAAUGUUGAUAAUUUUUCGUAUGAUUACGAUGGUACAGUUCAUUGGGUCCGGACAGCUAAACGAAUGAUGACGUGUGCUCGAUUUAAUGAAAGAGAGAAAUUCAAGAUCGCUUGUAUGUACUGUUUUGAAGAUGACAUCAGGCGAAUUUGGCCAUCCUUAUCGAAUGAACCAGACUUGGAUAAAUUUUUAAUAUUCGAUAUUUUCCCCAAUUUGUAUUACUGGAUUUACUGUUUAAGAAAUGAAAUGCACAAAAUACGCAUUUUGCUCGAAAAUGACGAGGAUAUUUUUGAGCAAAUGCUGGAUAGGUGUGAAUCCAAAAAUUGGACGCCUGUGGAGUAUUUUUGGAGUCGCGUUCCCUCGAGCAGACGAUUUCAAAAAACUCUAGACUUGUAUGAUAAGCACGGUAGAGAACUAUUUUCUAGAGUUGUGUUACCGAGACUGAGUAAAUCAGAGCUCGAUAGAUUUGUCGCUGAAAAAGGCGCUGAAUUAAUUGCUGCUUCGUUGGAGGAUAAAAAAACUUAAUUUCGGUUUCAGUUUUUUUUUUCAGUUCAAGUUUGAGUUUUGUAAUUUUUGUUUCAUCUUUUAAAAAAGUACCUAAAUAAAACAAAAAAACAUAAUUUUUGAAUUUUUAUUUUUUUUGUCUUUGUGAGUUAUGGGCCCUUCCUACGUGGUUUUUCUUCGAAGGCAAGAUUAACGAAAGUAAUACUUUCACUCGUUUGGUCGAAGAAAUAUUGAAAACUGAGACAAAUCAUCAUAUCGUCGAGAGUGCUUCGAAAGACAAACGUCUAGAGAUUACCCUUCAUUUUGGAGACGUUUAAAAAAAUGAUUGUUUUUUUUUCAAAUUUUCGAAUUUUUAAAAUAUUCUAAAAUGGGAUCUAAGGUUGAUAGAUAAAGAUGACCAUACGAAGGCCAUUCCCAUAGGUAAAAGUUUUGUCAGACGUAAUUUUUCUCUUUUUUUGAGCAAAAAAUGAAACGUAUGGGAAAACGUCAUUUCGAUGGUGCCCAAGCCUCAAAAAACAACAUGAUAUGCGGUAGAACUUCACACCUUCGACUCGAUCCUUCAAAUGGUGAAAAAUUGUACGAAAAAUGGUUUUUUUUUUAAUGGUACGUAUUUUGACUCAAAAGUAUCAUUAGUAGUGAUUCUUGGAUUUCGCUUUCCUGUUUGAUAAAGGACGAAAAUGCGAUUUUCUCAAGUCUUCACAAAUCGAUGCUCUUGAUGGGUAAAAGUAUCCCUAAGCUGCACAUAGUUCCAUGAAGGUUUGGUCAGAAUUAAUUUUUUUUGUUUACCUAAGUACUUUGAGAAAAUACCUGCUUAUGAAAAAAAUGCAUUUUUCAACUCUCUUACCUAAAGGGACAGAAUGCGAGAUCAGUUGGGGAUUAGGAAGUGAGAUGCAAUUUUUAUCAUCUCAUUUUGAGAUUUGCACAACGCAGUAAAAAUUUCACUUCAUUGACUCGAUUAACACUUAUUUUUUUCAAUGGAGACUUGAAAUAAAAAUGUUCAAAAAAGUUGGAAAAUUGGAAAAAAAAUUGCGAACAUUUUUGGAGAUUUUUGAUUCACUCAUCAAGAUCAUUAUUGGGGUCAAAUUUGAACGCCAUUAUAAGUUUUUUCGCAUUUUUGAAAUAUGUACCAAUCGAGAUUAAUUACAUAUUUUGAAACUCUAAAAUCCUUGAAAAGGGAACGAGCUCGUGAGAUUGUCUCACUGUAGUCACCAGUUAUUCAAUUUUACUCUUAUUUGAUUCGUAAGCCAGAAAAUUUUUUUAAGUUACGAAAAAAACCCUGAAAAAAGUGAUGUAUUUUGGGCAUUUUUCUUCUGCAAUGGAGGAACCCUUCAAAAUCUCUGGAUAUGAUAUUUUUGGAACUGAAUGAAUUGAUUACGGGUGCGGCCUCUUUGUAUGUACAAAUAGAUGAAAAUUUCUUCGAAAAUUAAUUUUCCCCCUAAAUGAAUGCUAAUGUUUAGAAAUCUUAAAAAGGGUGGUUGUGGUGAAAAUUUGACAUCGACUGUUCUGAUAGGUAAAAUUCCAUUAUUGUUUGACCAAAAUUGAAAAAAAAAUCAAAAAUAAUGUUUUUCUACCCUCUUGCGAAAAUCGCUAAUGAUAUUUUUGGGUCACACACUUCCAAAAAAUACCUACCAUUUUCUACAAAAAUUUUUUCAUUUUUUUUUUCAAGUCAAAAUUUAACUUCGGUAUCGUGUAAAGUUAUCUGAAAAUAAUUUUUGCAUUGUGCACAUAAUAUUUUAAUAUUGGUCUACAUGUUUUAAAGUUUGUUAGGUAGGUACUUUUUUAUGAGGUAAAAGAAUAAUUAUUAAUUAAACAUAAUUACGAGGGAUAGUCGGAAAGUAAGUUUCACAUGGCUGAAAAAGUAUAAACGCGUGGACAUUUUUUGACCAAAAUUGGAGGAAGUAUAGCUCAAACAUUCAACCAGAUCUGACAAAAUUUAUUCUGCAUUUGGGUGAAUUGUUCGUAUUUUACAGCGUGAUUAGUAGAGUGCUGAUAAAAAACAUCCGUCCAAAUGUAGUAUUUGGCAAAAUAAAAUUUUUUUCAGUUGUAAUAAUUAUGAGUAAAAUUCAUCAAGAAUUACUCAAGAGAUAUCAUACUAAUGUUUUUUCAAGUUGAUACGUUAUUUGGCGCUGUAAAUUGUUCAUGUGAUGGUUGCAAAAUUUCUGGGGCUGAGUGACUUUCGACAAUGCCAAUAUUCAGCAGAUUAUCACUGAACAAUCUACUUCAUUUGGAUUUUGAUUGAAACAAAAUAAUGUUACUAUGUUAUGUCUGGAGUGGUUCUCAAUCAAUUUUCCAGUGAAUUUUUCUUCUGUUAGAGCGGUUGGAAAAUUAAUUUUUUCUAAAAUAUAAUUUUUGGACGGAUAUUUUCUAUCAGCACUCUACUAAUCACGCUGUAAAAUACGAACAAUGCACCCGAAUGCAGAAUAAAUUUUGUCAGAUCUAGUUGAAUGUUUGAACUAUAUUUCCUCCAAUUUUUGUCAAAAAAUGUUCACGCGUUCAUACUUUUUCAGCCAUGUGAAACUUACUUUCCGACUAUCCCUCGUAUAACUCACCUGUAAGUUCAAUCUGGUCAAGGUUCAUUUUCUUUUAAAAAAUCCUUAAGGUGCAGAGUGAAUUCCAAACUUCCAAUAUCAUUUUGUCAAAUUAUGUGAAAAUAUCCGAUUUCAAAAACCUACUGGAGGAUCCAGAACUGCUUAAAACUGUUCGAAACAGUCUGCAAUAAAUUUUGUUGUUCGAAAAUAGAUCCUGAAUUUCAGCUUUCCAGGUCAAUUUGGUAAGAUUUUGAUUUUCCCCUCAUUUUUUGCCCAAAUUUGAUUAUCAAAAAUCCACCAAAAAUCCAAAAAUCCACUUCAGUACGUGAAAAUUUGGCUGGAGAUGGAUUUUUGCAUGCUCUUCCGAUCUAGCUACGUCCGGUUCAAAAAUUUCUGUGUGAGUUAGGAUAGGUAGUAAGUAGAGGUAGGUAUGUAUACCUUCUUUGUAAGCAAAAUUAAUUUUUUCUUCAUUCAAAAUUCAAAUUGUAAAAUAAUUAUGCUUUCCUUCUUUCGUUCAUUGAAAAAGAAAUAUGUAUUGUAUUUUGUGCAACGCAACUAAAACCUUCACUAAUGAACAAAUUUUAAAAUUUUAAAUAUUUUAUAAAACGACGAUGCCUCUUUAAAAUUUUACUUAUGCCCAUUAUUUUCAACAAAAAAAUUUUAAACAUUAUAGAUUCUUGAUUCUACACAAGACGGUUUCAUUUUUCUUUUUCUCUACGUAAGUUAAGUAUCAUUUUAGUUCUCACUAGUAGCGCUCUCUGAAGUUGGUGGCAUGUUCAAUUAUCACAUUCUGACUAAAUUGAGAACGUUUUUGUGAUAUCAGAAGAUACUUCUCUGCUAUUGAGAUUUGGCGAGAAUGGUGAAUCGACUUUUAAUUGAGGGGGGAGCGGGGUGUUUCAAACCACAAAGUGAAAAAGACUGAUAGGAUUGCUUUUCUAGAAAAUUUCAGUUUGCUAAACAGUAAGUAAAGGAUUUUGAAUUUUCCAAAAUGGUUCAAAAUCUAUAUAGGUACCUACGUAGAUUGAUGAAAGCAUUUAAAUUACAAUCACAUUUAGAGAUCCAAAACAACGAGUGGAAAGAGGGGGGACAUGUAUUUUUAAGGACAGAUUUUUUUUUUUAAAAACACCUUUUUUCUCUUACGUAAUACGUCAAAAGAAAGCUGGUCAAAAAUCACUUUUCAGGUGUCACUCCCAAAAUCGGCUCAAAUGUGGAUAAACUCGUUAAACAGGUCGAGUAUAAUAAACAACUCGAUUUUUAACUGCCCAUCUUCAUAUUCAUCGCCUUCUGGAGCAAAUUCAAAAUUCUGGAGGAAUUGAAAAAUCGCGCUGGAGGCUCCAGAAUGGCUGGAAAUAGUGAAAUUUGGAUUUGAGUAAUUAAUAUUAGUUUUGGGACUUUUUUUUUUUACCAUUUUUACUGAUCAAGUACAUACUUUUUUUUAAAAAAAAAGCUUAAAUCGCCAAAAACAGCCAAUUUUGUUUUUUCAAACGUUCGUCAAAAAUCAAAAAAUGGAUUUGGGCAGCUGAAAAUUUGGUUUGGGGGGUUUUAGACUAUGCUCUUUCCAAAAAUCGCGGUCCCGUUCAAAUCGGAGGCGGACGCCUCAAGAGGUUCUCUUGUAAGUAUAAAUGGGCGUAAAUAUCCUAUAUUUUUAAAAAAUACAAUAGCUCAUCAAAGCAACAUGUGAGCCUAUUAUGCACAUAACAAAUCGCACACGAUGAUCCAAAAUUCCGCUAGGAUAUGAUUCGAAAUUCCAUACGUCAAAAUGUGUAUGACACGUAUAGAUGGAAAAGUAUACCUACUUGGCACAUCGUACCAGUAAGUAAAUGAUUCCGGGGCAUAGUUUAAAAAUAACUUGUACCUACUUAUAAUCUUACGAAACGUUGCCUAUUACCCGUUCCCUAAUACAGAUGCACAGAUAGUCGUCUUACCGAGUGAAUUGUGGUGAAGUGUCCUGUAUUGUUAAUUUAUUUUACAACUAAAAAAAUAA